AUGGUUUCGGUCGCAGAAGGAGUCUCUCCCGACAUGACAUUAGAAUUCUACCGCAAAGCUCUCAAUUUCAACGUUAUUGGGAGAUACGAUGCUAAGAUUAAACAGCUUUUAUUUCAUACACCGCAUGCCUCAGUAUACAAAUGGGAUUUUGGAAAAGACGAAUGGGUUCGUCUGGAAUACCAAGGAGUUCUGGCUAUCUAUCUAAGAGACCUUACACAAGGCGAUGAAACUCUUCAAGAGGAAACCGAAGAAGAAAGAUCGGUCUUGGCACUACCAAGCAGGCCAAAUGGACCAGAACAUAACACAGAGAUACUGAAGGGUCGGGACAUUUACAAUUACGGGCUAAUACUGCUCAACCGUAUGAACCCCGAGAACUUUUCUAUCGGCAUUGCACCCAACAGCGUUAUAAACAAACGCAGACUGUUCUCACCUGACGAAGACGCACAACAACCACUCGAAUGCAUGAAAGUUGAAGUCAAAGACGACCUAGUCAUCAUCAAAAACCUGCGACACGAAGUGUUUGGUAUUUGGAUACACACGGUGCCAGACCGCAAAAAUGUAUACGAGCUGAUCAAAUACCUGCUCGAAAAUGAGCCAAAAACCUCAUUCGCCUGA